CUCAUGGUUAUCUGAAGAAGCAGAAGAGUUUGGGACACUGGCGGAUGCGCGAAGAGAGAAACGCAGCUACUCUGGAAUAAAAAUCACUCAGUUGCAGUUUUUUUUUAAAAUUAUUAUUAUUUACCUGAUCUUUCUGUUAUUUUACGAAGAGCGAACAGUAAAUCCAAACAGAUCAAAAUGAUGACCAAACCAUUUGGAAAGAGCGGGGAUGUGAGUGAGCUGGUGAGCUCCCUUGGCUGGCUAGAGGAGGAGGACGGCAGCUCUCAGGAUGGAGAGGAAAGCCAUGGCCUGACAGUAGGCAGCCGAAUCCACUCUUGCACAGAACUGGGCAGUGAGGAUAUGGAGGAAGAAGAGGAGGAGGAUGAUGACGAUAAUGAUGGGGAGAUGGGACCAAAUGGAGAACAGUCUCCCAAAAGAAGAGGCCCUAAGAAGAAGAAGAUGACCAAAGCAAGACAGGAGAGGUUUCGUGCCCGGCGAGUCAAAGCCAACGCCAGAGAACGUUCACGUAUGCACGGGCUUAACGAUGCCCUGGAAAGUCUGCGCAGAGUGAUGCCCUGCUACUCCAAGACACAGAAGCUGUCAAAGAUUGAAACUCUACGGCUGGCACGCAACUACAUCUGGGCUCUGUCGGAGUCGCUUGAGAGUGGCCAGUCCCCUGAGAGCCAUGGCUUUGUGGAGAUGAUGUGUAAAGGUCUGUCUCAGCCCACCAGUAACCUUGUGGCCGGCUGCUUGCAGCUGGGACCCAGUCCAAUAAUGCUCAACAAGCCGGACGACAAGUGUGGAGGCCCGAGGGUGGGUGGUGUGGGGGGUCAGGCUGGCCAUCCACUCAGCUAUCCAUCUCCAGGCCUUCCCAGCCCCCCCUAUGGCUCCCUGGAGGCUUCCCACCUCCUCCAUAUGAAGGGAUUCAAGGGGCCUGUAUAUGACAACCCCUCCCCUAACGAGUGCAGCAGCGGCACCCCCCCAUACGAAGGGCCCCUCACUCCCCCCCUGAGCAUCAGUGGCAGCUAUGCCCUGAAGCAGGAGCCCUCUCCCCGUGAGACAGAGAGCUAUACACCCCACCCUGGCCACCAUGCCCACUACCUUUCGUCUCACCAUUACCCCACUCCCACGACUGGCGGCCUACCAGGGGGCCCUCAGGGCCACCCACUUUUUCAAGCUUCACGCUAUGAGCUGCCUCUGGAUGUGGCCUUUGACUCCUUCACUCCCUCUCACCUGCUCGCCUCUCAGAUGAGCAGCAUGUGCCCAUGA